AUGACUUCUACCACCCCUCUCGGCGCGAAAAGCAAGCUUGCUGGGCCCGGCGCAUCCUUGAAAAUCACACCUUCGAACUCUCCAAUUCUUCGACCGGGCACACGAUCUGCCAGCAAGACAUCCCACCAAUCCUCCUUAUCUCUCCAAACCGUUAUCGGCACGACCACAACAACACCCAACGGCUUCUCGAGUCAUGACCAGAGCAAGAGCUUUGCGCUAUGUGCUGGGUCAGCAGCGGUGCUCGCAGAACUAGAUGAGAAUGACAAUAUUACACAGCGUUUCUUCCGUGCUCGGCCUUCUGCGACCAGUGUCAACCCACCAACUUCCUUUUACAACCAAUCGACCCCUCCGACCACCCCAGACCCCAGAUCACGAUCUCUGUCUCAUAUCCGAUCGAAUCCGCACUUCAAUUUCGCCAAUGGUUCUCCGUCAAGCGAAUCUGGUGACCCCGGUAGUCCCCGCGCAUGGUCCUCAAGAGAAAGAAUCAAGGCAGUGAUGAGUGUUUCAAUCAGCCCUAAUGGAAGAUUCCUUGCAGUGGGAGAAACCGGCUACAACCCUCGAGUUUUGAUAUUUUCGACAGCAAAAGAUGCUUUACCGGAUGUACCCUUGUCCAUAUUGAACGAGCAUACGAUUGGCGUUCGCAGCUUGGCCUUUAGCCCCGACUCACAGUAUCUGGCAUCACUCGGCAGCCCGAACGAUGGAUUUCUCUUCAUCUGGACAGUGAACCUCAAAAAUGGGUCAGCCAAGCUACACUCUGUGAACAAAUGCACCGCAUCUAUCAAGGAUAUGUGCUGGGUUGGCCAAAGCUUGGUGACGACUGGUCUGCGACAUGUCAAGGUCUGGCGUCUUCCUACUGUAGAACGGCCGGUUUCACCAACGAAGACCCGUCUGAAUGUUGAUGGAGUCGGGCCAUCGCCUAAUCCAGCCCCGAAAGCACUAUCUGGCAGGAAUUGUCUUCUAGGUGCACUAGGCGACAAUUCCUUUACCUGUGUGAGCAGUAUUUCCUCUCAUGAAGCCGUGAUCGGCACAGAUUCAGGCUCAAUUUGCUAUCUUGAUGAUCGUGAAGGGACCCAGAAGAUGAUAAUAGUCAAGCAAGUCGGAUUCAGCAUUACAUCAUUAGCCGUGGAUUUCGACAAGGAGUCCGUCUGGCUAGGUGGUCGCGGAAGGCAAAUGCAGCGGGUCUCGUUUGACGUUCUACGAUCAGCUAGCUCCAGGCCGAUGUCUCCUGCACGCUUGGAGAAGGGAGCAGCUGACAAGAAGUGCAAGGCGCCGGCAAUCACUUGCAUGGGAUCUCUCAGUACGCAUCUGAUCACCGUUGACUCCACUCGCGCGAUUCAUGUCUAUCAGAUGGACGCUUUACGCGAAGAUGGUGAGCAAGAGGAGUGUGAAGCUUCAAUGCUGGCUCAUCGGGACCCAGUUCUCGGCAUCUGCCGAAUGGACGUUCCCAACGAACUGUCCGCGGACUUCUUUACCUGGUCCCGCAAUGGCUCUGUAAACUUCUGGGAUGCGCAAGGGAAGUGUCGAGGUUCGAAGAACAUCGAUCUCGAACAAUACCCGGGAGGCGAUGAUGACACGGCGAAUGAACUCAAAGUUUUGAAAACUGCGGAGGGUGCAGGCUGGUUUGUCUCGGGUGACAAGUUCGGCGUAUUGCGAAUCUUUUCAAACUCCGACUGGACUUGUCUCAAACAAGCCCGCGCGCAUGGCGGAGAGAUUACAGAUGUGGUCAUUCAGAAAAUGGACGAGUCCUGGUUGAUAGCUAGUUGUGGGCGUGAUCGGAUGGUGCAACUCUUCGAGAAACGAGACUCCGAAUUGCAAUUGAUCCAGACCAUGGAUGACCACGUUGGUGCUGUUGGACAGUUGAUGUUCGUCAAUGAUGGCGAGAAACUGCUUUCUUGCUCUGCGGACCGCACCGUGCUCAUAAGGGAGCGGGCGACACGCGAGGUGGAUAGUGGUACAUCUGUUGCCUACCUGAUCUCACGGGUUAUCACCCAGAAGGCUUCGCCCGUGUCGAUGACGCUCUGUCCAGAUGACUCGGACACGCUAUAUCUUUCCACCAUGGACCGUUACAUCUCGAAGUUUGAUAUCCCCACUGGGCGUCUUCUUCACAGCUUCAAGGCAUCUGAUUCGGAGACCACUGAUGCUGUAAUUAUGGGCUCCUUGACAGUUGCAUCUGAGAUUCUGGGUCAGACUCCGAAGAUUCUCGUCGGUGUUUCAAGCACAGACAAGUCUGUUCGUGUCUACGACCUUGAGAGAGAUCAGCUUCUCACUGGCGAGUUCGGUCAUACAGAAGGCGUGACUGCUGUGUUGCUCCUGGAGGAACGCGAUACCUCCGAGGGAUCCCAGCCCAAACGCACUGUGGUUAGCGCCGGUAUGGAUGGUAUCCUGAUGAUCUGGGACCUGUCUAUCCAGCAACAGAUCUCCUCAGACCUCAUCGGACGAGAUGAUGAUGACACUCCUGCGAAGGAAAACGCCGCGGCGAGACCGCCACUCCGAAAAGUCCUCUCUCGCAGCGAACUUGCCGGGUUCCAACGUCCGGAUAGUCCCAAUCCUACGACCCCAACACCCAUGCGCGAGCACUCCCCAGUCCUACUCCGCAAGAUGUCACGUCUUUCACUAGCCCCAUCUUCGCUGAAAAACCACUCCGUUUCCGAAACAACCUCACCUCCUUCAACCCGCAUCUCCCCAACCAUAAGCACACCCCAAGACCGAAGACGCCGCUCCCCAUCCCCAGUGAGCCCCAAAUCAAAGACUCCAACGCCAAGACAGCACAAUAGCGCACGCACAAACAACCGCCGCACCUCCCACGACUUCCGCAACCGCAGCAAAACAACACCACGCAGCGAAUUCGGAAGCCUGGACAGUUCCACCGAACAGCUAUGCCGCACUCUCCGAGCCUACCGCAAGAAGCUAAAUGGCUCAAGCCAGCCCCUCCAAUCGCAAAAAGAACUCGAGCGAGAGCUCAGUCUCACGCUCCGCAUCGUGGCUGGUCGCGGACAGAGCAGCGACGAAAGUGCCGAGACGGAGACGGAUAGCAGUGGCAAGGACAUGGAGCGGGAGCGGGACCCAAGUUGUGCCACGCCCAAGUCGCCUCAUAUCCCCCGCCGCAUGCCCUCUACCCCGUCGUUGCGGCAAAAUGGGAUGCGCCAGACUUCGCGGAGUCGCUCCUGUGAUGCGAAACGUGAAGCAUGA